AGGAUGGGACCACUGCCUCUAAAAUGAGUCUCUCUGGGGAGAGAGAGGAGGGGACCACUGCCUCUAAAAUGACUCAAGACACCAGUUCUAAGAGUGUCCAGAAGCCCAGAGCAGAGUCACCUACAACCAGCCUGCUAUCAAUGAAGAGUGAUCAGCCACCUGCUUUCAGCCAGGAACCAUUACCAGAUGACAAUAAGGAAGUGGAGAGUUUGGACAGUGAGGAUGUAUUAAAUAUCACACACAGCCUUCUGGACAGAAGAAGUCAAACUCUGCUGACAGUCCAACAAGACAUUAAGGCUAAACUGAAACACAAGUAUCAACACAUAUCUGAAGGAAUUGGACACCAUGGAAACCAAAGUCUGUUAAAGGACAUCUACACAGAGCUCUACAUCACAGAGGGUGGAAGUGGAGGGUUCAAUAAUGAACAUGAGGUGAGACAGAUAGAGAUGGCAUCCAAGAAACAAACCACACAAGAGACACCAAUCAAAUGCAACGACAUCUUCAAGUCUUUACCUGGACAAGACAAACCUAUCAGAACUGUACUGACCAAAGGAAUCGCUGGCAUUGGAAAAACAGUCUCUGUGCAGAAGGUCAUCCUUGACUGGGCAGAGGGAAAAGCAAAUCAGGACGUUCAUUUCAUGUUUCCUCUUCCUUUCCGUGAUCUGAACCUGAAAAAGGACCAAUACAGUCUGAUGCAACUUCUUUCCCACUAUUUCCCAGAGCUGAAAAAUAUUGACAGCAUUGAAGAUGGUGAAACCAAAACUGUUUUCAUUUUUGAUGGUCUGGAUGAGUGUCGACUUCCUCUAGACUUCAAAAACAAUGAGAAGUGCUGUGAUGUCACGAAGCCAACUUCAGUGGACGUGCUGCUGACAAACCUCCUCGAGGGGAAUCUGCUUCCCUCUGCUCUCCUCUGGAUAACCUCACGACCUGCAGCAGCCAAUCAGAUCCCUCCUGAGUGUGUUGACCAGGUGACAGAGGUACGAGGGUUCAAUGAUCCACAGAAGGAGGAGUACUUCAGGAAGAAAAUCACAGAUCAGAAUCUGGCCAAUGAAAUCAUCAAACACAUGAAGACAUCAAGGAGCCUCCACAUCAUGUGCCACAUGCCAGUCUUCUGUUGGAUAUCAGCCACUGUCCUUGAGAUGAUACUGAAAGAGGCAGAGAAGGAUGAAGUCCCCAAAACUCUGACCCAGAUGUACUCACACUUCAUUCUCAUCCAAAUCAUUGUGAAGAACAAGAAGUACAACAAAGCCACAGAGACAAACACAAAGGAACUGUCUCAGUCAGACAAUGAGAUGAUCCUGAAACUGGCAAAGCUGGCUUUCCAACAGCUGCAGAAGGGCAACCUGAUCUUCUAUGAGGAAGACCUGAGAGAGUGUGGCCUUGAUGUCACAGAGGCAUCAGAGUACUCAGCAUUGUGUACAGAGAUCUUUAAAGAAGAAUCUGGGCUGUACCAAGACAAGGUCUACAGCUUUGUGCAUCUGAGCAUUCAGGAGUUUCUAGCAGCAGUGCAUGCUUUAGAAUCAUGUCUGGGCAAGAAGGAACAUGUUUUCCCCCCCAAAGCAGUCACUAGUGAUGAUGAGGAGGAGGAUGAUGAUGACAAUGAAGAGGAGUCAAUCCAGUUGUCUGACUUACACGAGAGCGCAGUGGACCAGGCCUUGAAGAGUGAGAAUGGACACCUGGACCUGUUCCUCCGCUUCCUUCUGGGUCUCUCACUGGAGUCCAAUCAGAAUCUGUUACAAGGCCUUCUGACACAGACAGGAAGUACAGCACAGACCAAUGAGGAAACAGUUAACAGAACAGUCAGGUACCUUUCAUACAAGAUCAACCAGGAAUCCUCACCAGAAAGGAUCAUCAACUUGUUCCACUGUCUGAAUGAACUUGGUGCCAACUCUCUAGUUGAAGACAUGCAGACCUCCCUGCGAUCAGGAACUCUUUCAGCAACAGAGCUAAAACCUGACCAAUGUUCAGCCCUAGCCUACCUGUUACUGAUGUCAGAGGAGGCGCUGGAGGAGUUUGACCUGAAGACAUACAACACAUCAGAGGAAGGUUAUCAGAGGUUGCUGCCGGUAGUGAAAACCUGCAAGAGAGCACUACUGGAUGGCUGUAACCUCACAUAUAAAUCCUGUGAGACUCUGGCCUCAGCUCUGCAGACACCAAACUCCCCCCUAAGAGAACUUGACCUCAGCAACAAUGACCUGGGAGACAGAGGAGUGGAGCUGCUCUGUGUUGGACUAACCAGUCCACUCUGCAACAUACAGACACUAGUACUAGCUGGCUGUGAACUCACAUAUGAAUCCUGUGAGACUCUGGCCUCAGCUCUGCAGACACCAAACUCCCCCCUGAGAGAACUGGACCUCAGCUACAAUGACCUGGGAGACAGAGGAGUGGAGCUGCUCUGUGUUGGACUAACCAGUCAACUCUGCAACAUACAGACACUAGUUCUAGGUCAGUGUGGUCUGACAGAGGGUGGCUGUUCAGAUCUGGCCUCAGUCCUGAGUUCACCCAACUCACAACUGAAACAACUGGAGCUGAGAGACAAUGACCUGCAGGACUCAGGAGUUACACUGCUGUCUGCUGGACUGGAGGAUCCAGACUGUAAACUACACACACUGGGGCUGUCUGGCUGUCUGGUCACAGAGGAGGGCUGUGCUGCUCUGUCUUCAGCUCUUAGGUCAAACCCCUCCCACCUGAAAGAGCUGGACCUGAGCUACAAUCACCCAGGAGACUCUGCAGGAGGACUCCUUUCAGCUACUCUGGUGGAUCCCACAUAUAAACUGAUGAAGCUGAAUGUGGAUCAUGGUAGAGAGUGCUGGCUGAAAUCAGGGCUGAGGAAAUAUGCCUGUCAUCUCACCCUGGACCCAAAUACAGCACACCCAAACCUGAUACUGUCUGAGGGGAAAAGGAAGGUGACACGGGUGGUGGAGAACCAGCAUUAUGAAGACCAUCCAGACAGAUUUGAUUGUCUUCCCCAAGUUCUCUGCAGAGAAGGCUUAUCUGGAUGUCGUUAUUACUGGGAGGUGGAGAGGCGUGGUACCGGGGCUUACAUUGGUGUGGUGUACAAAGGAAUGAAGAGGAAGGGAUUGGGGUUUGACAGUAGGAUUGGAAACAAUAGGAAGUCCUGGUGUUUAUUCUGCUCUCAUAGAGGUUAUGACUUUAUCCAUGAUGGAGUCAACAGAUCCAUCUCUGAUCCUGUUUCUGACAGAGUUGGAGUGUAUCUGGACUGGUCAGCUGGUACUUUGUCCUUCUAUCGUGUGUCCUCCUCUGGUACACUGACACACCUCUACACAGAACACACCACAUUCACUGAACCCCUCUAUCCUGGGUUUGGGGUUAGGUUUGGGGAUUACUCCACACUAACCCUGUGUCAGAUAGAUGUCCAACACAUUCAGAGAGACCAUGGUGGAGAGUGUUGGAUCAAGCCUGGACCUGAGGACACCUGGAUCUGA